GCGCGCUCGGUGCCGCCCCCCUCCCCGGGGCUGCCGUGCGGUCCGGGGUCAGCGGCCCUGUCCGGGGCGGCCCGGGCCCUCCCGCCCAGGUAACCGGGAGGGUGAGCAGCGAGGCGGGCGUCGAGCCUGGAGCCGCUUUUAGCGUGGGGCGCUGCCACGCGUGGCCUUCCCGGUAGGCUGCAGGCUCCGGAGCGCAGUGUCUGCGGGGCAGCUGUGCGGUGGCACAGCCCCAGGGGCGGCCACCCCCGGGCUGAGAAGGGGGUCCUGCUCAGCCUCCGUCUGCCGCGGAGGAUGCAGAAGGCACGGCCAUGGAAAAGAAACCGCACUUUGUUAGGAGGGAGUUUCUUCCCAGGGAGGUGUCCUCCAUCUCAUUGGCGUUACUGCUUGUGGCUGUCCUGCUCCUUAAUGCCCUUCUCUAUCUGUACCUCAACAAGUUUUACAGCUCUUCGGGGCGCGGCGAAACAGACCCCAGCCUCUGCCCUUUUGGGUACUUCAAAUUGGGAACGGUGAAGAAUUGUUCCCCGUGGCUUUCCUGUGAAGCCAUAAAUAGGGAAGUCAGGAAGCUCAAGCGUGUUGGUGAAGGUGCUGUGAAAAAGGUCUUCCUUUCUGAGUGGAAGGAAAACAAAGUGGUCCUUUCACAGCUCACCAACCCAGAACUGAAGGAGGACUUUCUCCACGGACUGAAGAUGCUGAAAGCACUUCAAAGCAAGCACGUUGUCCGGCUGCUUGGCUACUGUGAGCAGCAGUUCACAAUCCUCACUGAGUAUCAUCCUCUAGGGUCCCUAAGGGGCCUGAAUGAAACUCUUCACAUCCCCAGGUAUAAGGGGAUGAACACCUGGCAUCGCAGGCUGAUGCUUGCUAUAGACUACGUGAGCAUCAUUCGGUACCUGCACAGCAGCCCUCUGGGCACCUUAGUGAUGUGUGACUCGAAUGACCUGGACAAGGUCCUCUCUCAGUAUCUCCUAACAAGUGACUUUCACGUCUUGGUGAAUGAUUUGGACGCUUUGCCUCUUGUGAACAGGAGUGCUGGCAGGCUGGUGAAGUGCGGUCAUCGGGAGCUCCGGGGCGACUUUGUAGCUCCUGAGCAGCGUUGGCCCUAUGGAGAAGAGGUGCCAUUUGAGGAUGACCUCAUGCCACCCUAUGAUGAGAAAACGGACAUCUGGAAAAUCCCGGAUGUCUCCAAUUUCUUCUUGGGCCACGUUGAAGGAAGUGACAUUGUGCGACUGCAUUUGUUUGACAUCCAUGCAGCAUGUAAGAAGAAGGACCCAGCUGAAAGGCCUUCUGCCCAAGAGGUCUUAGACACCUACAGGAAGGUUUUAACUCUGCUUAUUCGGGAGACAGCCAUGCCUGGUAUUAGGGAAAUGUUAUAGUGAAUGGCAGGGGGUUGGAACUGGGUGAUCUUUAAGGUCCUUUCCAACCCAAACCAUUCUAUGAUUCUACAACAGAUAAAAACUUGCCAAGCUUCCGACGCUGGUCUCUCUCAGUUAAGAUAAGAUUCUGCUUGGAUUCUUGCUCCGUUGUGUACUGUUGCACCUUGCAAACAGCCAUAUUAAUUUCACAGAGUGAAAAACAAAUGAGGACAAAUUCUGGUUCUGAAUAAUUUUCUUGCUGUGGAGCUGUCUCUCUCUCUGUGCCUGGAUGAAAUAGUUACAAUUAUUCAAAAGAAAAGCUGUCUCCCUAAGCGUUCACCCUGAGCAUCGGGUCCUUUGCAUGUCUCUUGCCCUUUCCUUCUUCAGCUUGUAUGUUGUCCAGCGUUUUAUUUCAGCAGGAAUAAGUUACAUUUGUUCUGAAUAGAGAGCAUUAUGGAGCUUCGAAGCUUCGUUUCUGGGACGUUGUUUCUGUCUAUGAGGAAACACUAGAUGGCAGCAUGAAGGUCAGCCUAGCACUGGUUAUUGGCAGUUGCAGACUCUUGUGCCCAAACAUAGCCGUGAUGUGGCGUUGGAGCCAGUAAUUUGCUAGCAAACUUCCAUAACCCCCUAAAAGAUCUCAUUGUGUUUGCAUUAGUGAGUCUGUAGUAACAAGACAGAUAAAUAUAAGAGCUGUCAGAAAGACAUACAUGAAAGUUGAAGGAGCUACCUCCCCCUUAACUUGCUCAUGGUAUUUGUGUACUUUAGUAUCCCUUUUAAUCUCAACCUGGUGCAACCUCAACCAAGUUUGAGUGUCACCUCCUUUCAGCCUUUCAGUAAAAUCAGAGUAAUUUGCGCUCUCUCCAUCUUUCUGUCCUUGCCCACUAGCCCCUUCCACAACUCAGGAUUGCAAGAAUCCCAUCCUUCCCACAUUUCCAGCUUCUUUUCCCUUAAAGGGAAAAGGCAAGGCCUCAUGAAGAUGGAAAAAGAGGCAGGACAGCCCUACACGCAGUUGCUUCUCCUCUUUCCAGUUGUCUCUGCUGGGCAUUCCAGUUUUCACCACUUACAGCCUUGGAUAAACAUAUGGGGGCUUUGCUUCCUCAGUAGAAGCAGCUUUUACAUGCCUGGUGGAAAACAUGAAAGGAUGAAGAGCAGGAUGAGGCCUGUUCUCAGCUGGAAGCCUGCAAUCCUCUCCCUCUUCAUCCACUCCCCAUCCAGCUUUAGAUGGGUGGACAUGACCUCCCUUGCCAAGACCACUGCCACAGCUCUGCCUAACCUCAACAACAGCCACUGGUUCUCAUCUCAAGCGCAAAUCAAGAGCCCCACACUCCCUGUCCUUUCCCAUGAAAGAUGCUUCUCCUGGGAUAGUUAUUGACAAGUUUCCUAAUGUAUCACUGUUUCUCCAUCCGAAAAGUCCAGCCAAAGAAGCUGCACAAAGACAGAGGCCGCACAAGGAGAAGGGCUGCUGCUGGUGCCCAUCUCCUUCAGAAAACUUCAGGGGAGGUUCCCCUAACCACCCUAGGUGGUCAGCAUCAAGGCAGAUAUGGUCCCAGUGGUUGCAGGGCUUUGGUUUGGUGCUAUCGCUAAGAUGAAGGCCUUGGGUAUGGCCUCUUGCUCAUGGACAGGACAACCCUUUUGCCAAGGUCAGUGAUCUGCCCCACUUUGCCCUUCCCUUUUUGAGCAGUGCCUCCUCUGCCAUCCCUGCAAUAGUCCCACAGCACAUCCUGCCCACCACCUGACCAGCUAGACAAAGAACCAAAGCAGAGACUAUCUCCCAGACUCAAGAAACAGCACCUGGUUCCCAGACUGAACUCUCCUGGGAUACUGCUGCGCCAGCAGUGGAGGAAACAGGAAGACCUAGGACAUGCCAGCUGAGCCUACUGACGGUCUGGCUGUGCGUGCCAACUUUGUCAGGGCACCUGAACCUGCUACUGGUAUGGUAUGCUCUUCCCUUGGUCUGAUGCUGUUGCCAAAACAUGUUCCCAGUGGAUUUCCCAAUAAAGUUUAACCCUUACCAGGUAGGUUUGUACCACAGGAUACAGAAUGGAAACAGCCUGUCUCAGAGCAGAGUCCCAGAUUUAGUUCAAACCCACUGCUCCUUUCUUUUUCUGAGUUAUCCAAAGAAUAGCGCUGUCACAGUUAUGCUGUUUUGAUGUGCAAACUGCCUGCUGGCUGCAGGCUACUAGACAGAUCAAAUCUGAUGUAGGUGAUUCCCUUCGUAUGCCGUGGGUUUCAGAUUAUACCCUGAAAGCACUCCUGUAAUGCUAAAUCCUGUACAGGUGAGCAGCCUUUGUGGCAACUCAUCUGUAUGUUCAAAACACCAUCAGAGUCAGAAGUAUUGCAUGCGUAUCCACCCCAGCUGCUCUGUAGUUUGGGGUAAGUGCUGAGGGAAUAAAAUGGACACAACCUAUUUACCUGAACAGUUGUUUCAUUGUGUUUUGUCUGUUUCUUUUUGGAAGGAUAUUUUAAAAGUCUGCGUUACUCUAUAUUUAAUAGAGUGGUACCUAUUGAGUCUAUCAGAAGUUUGGAACACCACACAAAGUUUCUGAAAUCCUAUCACAAGCUCUAAACCAAUAUUUUCCUUUGGUGCCACAUAAACAAAACAUCAGAUCAUUAUCUUUGCGAAACAGUGGCAGUGCUGUUUGCCAGAUAUAAUUUGUGAGAUAUUUGCAACUGUAAACUGAUUCUAUCAUUAUGACUAUAAUGUCUUACCAACAGUCAAGAGACCAUGGGAACAAGAAAAAAGUGGUUCUCAAGUUCUUCUAGCAUGAUAUAAUGCAAAUAUUUGCAGAGUUCAUGAAAGUUAAUUACAUGGUAGAUGGUAUUUUUUAAAAAGAAAAAGGAUAUUAUGGUUUUAUUUUAAUUGGAAUACUGUAUACUUGAGAUGACCAUGAGUUUCAAUAAUUGUUGGUCUGUGUUCUGAAGUCUACAAUCCAGUAUUUAUCAGGAUUAAAUUGUGAAUAUAUUUACAGUACAGUGAUAUUUAUGUCUCAGCAAUUUCUGAUUCUGUUCAGCUCUUGGUAACUCAAAAUCCAUUAAAAAUUACAUAUUUAUAUAUAGAAACACACACAGAU